AGGUUUGCUGAUUUUCAGGUUUUGGUGUAAUUCACUUCUCUAUUUAAUAUUGGGAUCGUUUUACGCCACUUUAACACAGGUCCAGCUUUAACACGGUGACAGACGGUAAAUGAGUUGGUAUCUGGGGCACCCCUUAGAGUCUAGCAAGUUCUUCGCCUUUCUUGAUAUCGACAAAACGUCACUAUGAAGACAUUCACAUGGUUGUGGAUAAUCUUAGCAUUGCUGGUGUUGAAUCUACAACUGAUUCAAGGGAGGUUGAACAGUGAUGAUGAAAACGAUGGCAACGAUGGAAACGAUGACGACGAAGAGGAGAAACGUGGAAAACAUGGUGGCAAUCAUGGUAGUGAAGGUAAAAACGACAGUGGUCUGUUUGGAAUUGACAGAAGAAACAGAGGAACGGCUGGAAAGACGCGUGAAGACGAAGGUAAAACGGACAGGAUGCAUGAAAACAACGGUGAAAACGAGGGAAAAGCCAGUAAGAUGGGCGGACAAGGCGGAGGUAAUAGAAAAAAAGGGGGCAUUUUCAGUAUGUUUGGACGUCACAGAGGAAACAGAGGAAUGGGCGGAAAGAUGGAUGACGGUGAUGGUGAAAACGAGGGAAAAGCCAGUAAGAUGGGCGGACAAGGUGGCGGCAAUAGCCAAAAAAGGGGGAUGUUCAGCAAGUAUGGACGAGGAAACCAUGCUUAAUCACAACUCCAUGUGAUAGCUUCCUGUCCCGGGACAUAAAUGCAUGAAACAAGUUGCUUAAUUAUUCCUUAAAUGAAAUCAAUAUAUGACAGAAUAUGCCGCUUUUAUUAUAUAUCUUCGACCAUGAAAUAAGCUGAUAAAGUUGCUUGUGUGAUAAAAAAAAUGUCUAAAGGGCUAUAUCUCGUCCCAUAGUCUUACUGAAGCGUCAUACGUUGUCUAUAUGUUUACAUUCGGAUACACUAUACCAAGAAAUGAAUUGUAAAUCUCUCCUGACAAGAUAUCUGUGCAUGUGUGUUUAGGGGAGUUGUUUAUGUCAUGGCGAAUAGGCGGUUCAUUGACAAUAGAGCAGUACUGUCAUAACAAAUAAAAACAUAUUUUUUCUGAA